CUCCAAGCCGUAAGCCGGAAGCUGGGAAAGCUUGUGGGCAAAAAUAGAAUCAAUCUGGGGAUAGGUCCAAAUACCUAGGACUGGGCAUCAUGAGAUGAAUUGCGGGUGUUGCGCGUUGAGCAUUGUGUGUUGUGUGAAUGAGUAUAUAAUAUGGCUUUCCGUCGCCGAAAAGGGGGAAUAUCCUCAUCACCAAAAUCUCAACACCAACAACUCCAUCAACACCAGCAAAACCAAUACCUCCUUAAUCCCUAAUACCAAACUUCAACUCAUAAUACAUAAUCUCAUCAAUCUUCCUCAUCAACCAUCAAAAUGCAGUACACCACCGCCGCCCUCUGCCUCAUCUCGGCCACCCUCUCCCUCGCCGCACCCACCACCAAGCGGGACACCUUCUCAGGCUUCAUCGUGCCCAGCGUCCUCAAGAUCCACGACAUCAACAGCAACGCCAACGUAGCCAGCCUCCACACCGCCACCGUCCGCGCCGCCAACAACGUCGAGACCAGCACCCUCUACCAAAUCCCCAUCCCCGCCUCUCUCGCCGGCAAGACCUGCGCGCUCGUCAUCCAAGCCACAGCCGGGGACCAGGUCCAGGGCACCCAAGAGCUCGACAUCUUCAACAACCUGUUCGCGGACCUGAACAACCUACCUUCCGGCAACCAGCGCAACCAGCAGCUCGCCCGCGUCAAAUUCAACUCCGGCACCGGCUUCUACGACUUCGACACCGUCGGCUUCGCCAACCCCAAGAUCCAGAGCUUCCCUUGCCCCGCGGGCGCUACGCUUAAGUGGGAGAGCGUGGCGGUGGGGACUUUCGAUGUCAAUGUUAUUUCCCAGGACUUUGCGAACGUGGUUGGUGCUGAGGCGCCGAAUGGGUUGAGCGUUGGGUACUUUUAGGUGCUUAACUCACUACCUACCUAACCUAGUUGGUGUAGAGUGUGGAGUUUUGGGUACUUGGUUCUCUCUUUUUAUAUGGAUUGCAUCGGCUUUGGCAUUUAGCGUUUGGGAUGGAAAAGCAGCACGGGUGGGUUGGGGUGGUGCGGUUAUUGGACACUCCUUAGUUGUUAUUGCAUAAUGUUUAGGUUGCUUUACCCCUAUUGCUUGUCUUGUCCCCUUUGAUUCUGUGCUUUAUCUUGACUUGUUCAAUAUGUUCCUUAUUAUAAACCAACCUAAAUGGUGAUGGUAGCGUCCGUGGGUUAAUUCACGAUUUUGUAAGCCAUUUAAUACGUUGUGUUAAUUAAAAGGGAGGUCACGAUCGCCC